AUGGGUCUAUUAGCACUUGGGACAGCCCUUGAUUGGCCUCAGGCCAAGAAGCGGGCCAAUCAAGUACGCAACUGGGGAAUUGAACAAUUGCUCGCCAAUUGGCAAAGAGCCAAGGGAAAGGAGCGUGAUGCUCUUUUGUGGGGUGAUGAGGUUGAGUAUCUUGUUGUAGCUGUGGACGAUGAAGCUAAAAAGGCUCGGUUAUCUCUUGCUCAAGCGGAGAUUCUUAAAUCUCUCGCUCAGGAUGAAGCCUUAUGGAAGGCGGGAACCUCUUCUGGCCAGCACGAUGGCGAAGAGCCACCUCAUUUUCACCCCGAAUUCGGGCGCUUUAUGCUAGAGGCCACACCUGGAAGACCAUGGGGCAUUGACUUCAAGGAUCUCCUGAAGGUUGAGUCAAACAUGAAAUGGAGGCGAGUGGUGGCAAAAAGCCACAUGGCACCAAACGAAUAUCCGAUUACUCUCACAACAUUUCCACGCUUGGGCACAAAGGAUGAUUACAUCCGGCCAUAUUAUCCCCCAUCCGGUCCCGCAUUACGGUCACAAUUUGUUCCUGAUGAGAUCGCCAAUCCCCACAUCAGGUUUCCGACUCUUGCGGCAAACAUCAGGUCAAGGAGAGGCCGAAAGGUCGAGCUAAACGUUCCCGUUUUCAAAGAUAAAAAUACGCCUCAGCCUUUCAAGGAUCCAACUAUAAAUUAUAAUCUUCACAACUGGCCUGAAGAUGAUGACGUCAGAAAUGGUGCAGCGAAAGACGACCAUGUUUACAUGGAUGCCAUGGCAUUUGGAAUGGGUAGUUGCUGUCUCCAGAUCACGUUCCAGGCCAAGAACAUGACGGAGGGGAGAAAGUUGUACGACCAGCUAAGCCCACUAGGACCUAUUCUUCUAGCUCUUACCGCGGCGACCCCAAUUUAUAAGGGGUUUCUCGUUGACACAGACGUGCGAUGGAAUCAAAUUAGCAAUGCUGUAGAUGAUCGGACCCGUGAAGAGCUUGGUGAAGUCCCCCUGCAAAAUGAUAGAUGGAGGAUUCCUAAGUCAAGAUACGCAUCGAAUUCGACUUACAUUUCCCAAGAUCCUCGGUUACGAAAAGAAUACCUGGAUCCUGACUUGACUGUCGAUGAAGACAUCAAAAAGCGGUUAAUGGAUGAUGGAAUGGAUGAACUCUUAGCAACCCAUUUUGCACAUCUCUUUAUUCGUGAUCCAUUGGUUAUAUUUUCCGAGGACCUUGAGAAACUGGAUCUAAACAAGGCGGACCACUUUGAAAAUCUGCAGUCAACCAAUUGGCAACACAUGCGCUUCAAGCCGCCGCCGCCUGAAAAAGACGACAUUGGUUGGCGAGUUGAAUUUCGAUCGAUGGAGAUUCAGAUGACCGAUUUUGAGAAUGCGGCAUUUAGUAUCUUUAUCGUUCUUAUCACCCGUGCCAUCUUGAGCUUCAACCUAAACUUCUACAUCCCCAUCCAGCGAACAACUGAGAAUAUGGAGACGGCGCAUGCGCGCAACGCGGUCCUGGACCGUAAGUUCUAUUUCAGAAAGGAUCCUUUCUCUAGUCACUCUCCCCGACGCCACCAGCAUUCAUCUAACGGAAGCGCCAUAUCGUCUGCUGCGUCAUCUGCGUGCAAUACGCCCCCUCCAUCCCCUCCACUUGGCCCAGUCGAGUCGGAGUACGAUUUUAUGACAAUUGAAGAUAUCGUCAAUGGAUCUACUGAUGGAACCUUCCCUGGACUGAUUCCGUUGGUCGAGUCUUACUUAAAUAGUGUCAAUGUAGAUGUUGAGACACGCUGCUCCCUAGCAAGGUACCUUGACCUGAUACGAAAGCGGGCCAACGGGACUCUCUGGACUGGGGCUAAGUGGAUUCGUGAAUUUGUCACAUCUCACUCUGCAUAUAAACAAGACAGUGUGGUUUCUGAAGAGAUCUGUUAUGAUCUUGUAAAAGCUGUUGAUGAAAUGUCUGUGAAGGAAGGAAGGAACGGAACAAUUGGGUGGGAGUUGUUAACAGGGCCAGGGCGAUAG